CAAGAACCCAGCCUUUGUAAAGUGCGAACCCCAUCGACCCCGACCGCUUCCUCCUCCGCUGCCCGCUCCAAACAUGGCCCCGGCUUUGUUCUCCGACCCAAUCUUCUUCACAGCUUCGGCUCUGGUCUUGGCUCUGGCUUUCGCCCACCUCUUCGCCAAAACAUUGAAGCAGAAUCGGGGCAAGGCGGCGGCCAAGAAGUACCACCCUGUCGCUGGGACUGUUUUGAACCAGCUCCUCAACUUCGGUCGCUUGCACCACUACAUGACCGAUCUUGCCGGCAAGCACAGGACCUACAGGUUGCUCAGCCCUUUCAGGAGCGAGGUUUACACCUCUGACCCGGCCAACGUGGAGUACAUGCUCAAGACCAACUUUGAGAAUUAUGGCAAGGGAUGGUACAACUACAGCCUUCUAAAGGAUCUAUUAGGGGACGGAAUUUUCACUGUCGAUGGUGAUAAGUGGCGCCAGCAGAGGAAAGUGUCAAGCUAUGAGUUCUCCACAAAAGUGUUGAGAGACUUCAGCAGUGUAGUCUUCCGAAGAAAUGCUGCUAAGUUGGCAAAUAUAUUGUCUGAAGCAGCAAGUACUGACCAAAUUGUAGAUAUACAGGAUUUAUUUAUGAAGUCAACUCUGGAUUCCAUAUUUAAAGUUGCAUUUGGAGUUGAACUGGAUAGCAUGUGUGGAACAAGCGAAGAGGGUGCUGAAUUCAGUAGGGCUUUUGAUGAUGCAAGUGCAAUGACCUUGCGGCGAUAUGUUGAUGUCUUCUGGAAGAUUAAGAACUUUCUGAAUAUUGGAUCAGAAGCAGCACUGAAGAAAAACGUCAGAGUAAUUGACGACUUUGUAUACAAGCUCAUUAGGAGGAAGAUUGAGCAAAUGCACAAUUCGACAGACGAUCCUUCUAUGAAGAAAGAAGACAUAUUGUCUAGGUUUCUCCAAGUGACAGAGACUGACCUGACAUACUUGCGGGAUAUAAUACUCAACUUCAUUAUUGCUGGCAAAGACACAACUGCAGCCACGCUUUCCUGGUUCAUUUACAUGCUCUGCAAAUAUCCAAUUAUACAAGAGAAGGUUGUGCAAGAAGUAAAACAAAUGAGCAAUGUCAAAAAGAUUUCGGAUUUUGCCAGUUUUGCUGCAAAUAUGGGGGAAGAGGCUCUACAAAAGACGCAUUACCUCCAUGCAGCGAUAACAGAAACUCUCCGGCUCUAUCCUGCACUUCCAGUGGACGCAAAAAUUUGCUUUUCUGAUGAUGUUUUCCCAGAUGGGUUCAGUGUAAGAAAAGGAGACAUGGUAUCCUUUCAGCCGUAUGCAAUGGGCAGGAUGAAAUUCAUAUGGGGCGAUGAUGCAGAAGAUUUUCGUCCAGAGAGAUGGCUGGAUUCGAAUGGAGUAUUCCAACCUGAAAGCCCUUUCAAGUUUACAGCCUUUCAGGCUGGACCAAGGAUUUGUCUCGGUAAAGAAUUCGCUUAUAGGCAGAUGAAGAUAUUCUCCGCCGUGUUGCUGAGCUGUUUUACGUUCAAAUUGGCUGACGAGAAGAAACCUGUCAACUACAGAACAAUGAUCAAUCUUCACAUCGAUGGAGGUCUCCAUGUUGCAGUCACCCGCAGACAAGAGACUUAAGUUCACCAAUCUGUUAACGCUGUUUAUGUUAAUAAUAUCGCAGAACUCAAA